CUAAGUGUUGGUCGACAAUCAACCACAAGGAAUCACUAUGAAGUUCAUCAAAAGAUACUCAUUUUACAGUUGAUGUAAUGAAAAUGAAAGUAGGAUUUUUCGAUGUGGCAUUCCUUGCGCAGAUUUUUUCUUGUGUGUGUUUUCAUGCUGACGAUAGGGACUAUUAUGCCGUGCUAAAUGUAAAAAGGUCUGCAAAGCCAUUGGAUAUUAAAAAAGCGUACAAAGUCAUAAUGUUCAAGCUCCAUCCAGAUAAAAACAAGUGUGACCCACAUGCGAACGAGAAAACAGAUGAAAGAAAGCGUCAGGAUUACAACAGAAGACACCCAAUGGCUGGACUAUACACAACAGGGCCAUAUGACUGGGAUCCUCCAGAGUGCUCUGGAAAAAAUAUGGAUGCUGGCUUCAGUUACACAAAACACAUAAGGAAUAAUGCUGUUCUUGGAAUGCAGUGGGUUUUAGGAAUUGCAGCAAAUAUUGUUUACAUUAUGAGAGGUGUUAAGUUAAAUAGCUUUCAAUGUGGAACAUUCUUAGCUGUAACGGCUUCCUUUGUAAGCAGGAGUCCUGUAAUUCUGUUUAUCUUGCUUUGGAUAUUUGUGGUUGAUAGACUUCAUUUUAUUCUGAUGAUUUGGAUGUCAGCAGAGUACAUCAAAAAUAUUAGGAUAAAGUAUUUGCCUUACCUGGUUCUGAUAUGGAUUAUAUAUUUUAAUGUUGUGGACCAGUAUGACAUAAUAUUUCACCUAGGUCUCAGUUUCUGGACAGUAUAUGACCUCUACAACUUCCCCACUCUGCUGAUCUUCUACAGUACAGGAUCAGUCCUAGUCACCAUCUACAUCUUCCUGAAAUAUAAACCUCACCAAAGUCAUCAUGUUCAAUACAUCGUGUAUUUUCUACAACAGGCAUUGGCAUUUUAUUAUUUGUCAGAGACCAUACCAAAUGAAGCAGAUUUAAAUGCAGUAUUAUUAUACCACCUGACAAUGAUUUUAAUUUCUAAACUUUUUUCCAAGUAUGUUUGGCUCUAUGUCAGAUCAUCACUUCAUGACUUGUAUACCUUUAGCAGAGGAAUUUUAGAGAGAAAAUCAGCAUUCAUUUUAAGCACAUUGAAAAAAUUUGUUCAACUUAUCAUCAGAAAGUUUGGUUGUGUUCAGAUUAUCGCAAGAAUGUGGGCCUUGUGCACAGUUCAUAACUUUCAAGAAAUAUGGUCCAGGUGUAAUCAUUUCUGUCAUCAAGUAUGGACUAAAUGUGUUCAGACCUCUAUAGAAAUGUGGAUGAAAUGUGUUCAUACUUGCCAUAGUCUUCCUAACCUUGCCAAUUCCUGUGGGAAAUACAUCUGUAACAGACUUAAGACAUGGUUUCUAUCCAUUGUGUCAACAAACGUCUCAUACUAUAAAACCAAAAUCUUACAGCUGUGCAGGUUGAAUCAUGGAACAGUAAAAAGCCGACAGCCAUUAUCUAAUGCAGAGUAUGUGAUGGAGGGACGUUUCUACACUCUGGUCCAACUGAAUCAGCUUCGCCUUGACUGCCUGGAGAUGAGGGUCAAUGCCUGGAGAAUGGCUAAUGUUCUGUCCAAUGUUAAGAGAUUUAGCAAUUUUGUCCUUGGUGAAAAUCAUGUGACUUCUGCAGAAAUUGAGGAGCAUCGACAUAGUUCUCGGAUUUACCCACAAUUGGAUCCAAUUGCUACCGACUCAGAAUCUUCAUCAGAAAAUGAUGAAAUUUAACAAAAUGCCAAUUGUCAGGACUUCCUGUAAAAUAUUUCUAGUCUGUAAAUAAAGCAUUAGUUUUUAGCUCACCUGACCUGAAAGCUCAAGGAGCUUUUCUGAUCACAUUUUGUCUGUCGUCAUCUGUCUGUAAACUUUUCACAUUUUUGAUUUCUUCUCCAGGUCCACUGGGUCAAUUUCAACCAAACUUGCCACAAUGGAUCCUUUGAUGAAGGCGAUUCAGUUUGUUCAAAUGAAGGGCCUUUCUCUUUCAAGGGGAGAUAAUUAACUAAAGAAUUAAUCAAAAUUUGGUGGCAAGUCUCCUCCUCUAAAACCAUUGGUUCAAAACAAUUGAAACUUAUAAACUUUCAUUGCAUAGUGUUGAUUCAAAUUUGUUGAAAUUAUGACCCCUGGGGGUAAGAUGGAGCUACAAUGAGGGAUCAAAGCUUUACAUAGGAAUAUAUAAAAAAAAUCUUUGAAAAUCAUCUUCUCAAGAACAGCAAAGCCAUGAUUAGUCAUAAUGAUAUGGAAGCAUCCUCAGGUAGAGUAGAUUCAAAUUUGUUCAAAUCUUGACCCCCAGGGGUAGGGUUGGGCCACAACGAGGGAUCAAAAUUUUACAUAGGAAUAUGAGGGAAAAAAGCAUUAUCACAGGAAUAUAUUGAUAUGGAAGUAUCCUCAGGUAGUGUAGAUUCAAAUUUGUUCAAGUCAUGACCCCCAGGGGUAGGGUAGGGCUACAAUGAGGGAUCAAAGCUUUACAUAGGAAUAUAUAGGAAAUUAUCUUUGAAAAUCUUCUCAAGCAAUGUCAUGAUUAGUCAUAUUGAUAUGAAAGCAUCCUUAGGUAGUUUCAAAUUUGUUCAAAUCAUGACCCCUGGGGGUAGGGUUAGUCCACAAUGGGGGAUCAAAGUUUUACAUA